AUGGCAGCAUCGAUAAUCACUGAAUUUGGUAUAACUUUGCAUGAUGUAGACAAAAACACGCUGGACAAAACAAUCUUACACUUUUUGAAGAAGUAUUCUACUGGCAACUAUAAGAUAAAUAAGCGUGGCACUCCUUAUCGUAUGUAUUCAAUUGUAGUUUUUCUUCAUUGGAAAACAAAACGGAUUGUUUUUGCAGGCAAAAAUGGUGAAGAAUGUCAACGGAUCUAUAUCGGAUUCGAUUCUCUGAAGAGUGUCGAUGAAUUUAUGGAAGGACGGCCUUUUACGUUGAAUGGUAAACUAUUAAAAGUUAUGCGAAGUUUGCCGAAAAAUCGAUUGUAUGAUCGAAUGGUUACCGGUUUGAAAAUAAGCAUACAAUCAUUUCAAGAUGAGCAUUUAUUGACUGAUAAAGUGAAUGAAAACGAUUUAAGCAAGCAUUUUCAAUACAAUGGAAAGAUUCUUUCCAGCAAGUGGAUGAAUUCAGCUAAAACGGAAGCCUUAUUUCAAUUCAAUGAUUAUGAUGCAGUCGAUAGAAACAUCAUCUGUAACCAAAGAUUGAAAAUUAAGGGACGAACAAUUGAUUUAGAAAAAUACAUUACAGACGCAGAUUGUAUUGCAAACAACAUUCCUUAUUGUAUUCAUGUUACAAAUCUACCUGUUCGUGUUACAAGCGAAGAAUUAGCUAAUAUAUUCAAAGUUCGUAUUCCUUUUAUUCUUGUACAUCCAUGUUUUCUAAUCGAACAAGCGCAUUCAACUGAUGCUCGAACAACGAGCGAAGCUUGGAUAAAAGGAGUCAAAGACAAAGCAGAUGCACAACAUAUAGCUGAAGAAAACAAUGGCAAAAUUCUGCGUAGAAAUCGUAUUGUAUGUCAAGUGAUGCAAGAAGAAAUCGACGAAGAUGAAUUGUGUACGAAUUUUCUAAAAGGUCAAUGCCCAUAUACAAAUGACACGUGUCACUUCAGACAUAUCAGCUGUGAUGAACCUGAUACUUGCGAAAAUCCGGAUUGUUGGUAUGGACAUACGGAUGUGCGCCCAACUAGACCGCAUUUUCGACCCCCGCAGCGUUUGGAAGAUGCACGUUAUCGUGUCAAACUGAGCAAUCUACCUCCCGAUGUUACUCAUGAUGAUCUUCUCAAACGGUUGAAUAUCAAUCCGAAAUUUUCCCAGCAUUUAAUUUUGCAACCAUUCGAUGGCAAUUCAACGAAGCCGUCAAUAACAGCUUACCUAGUACGACAACCAUCUGAAAAUAGACUUCGACAAUUGAUAGAUAAAUAUCAUGACACAUUUUAUUCGUCGACGAGACAACAAAGAAUACAAUGUCAAUUAGAAUUAGCCCAGGAGUUGUUCGAAUGGAAUGAUAAUACGGAUAUAAUUCCAUCGGUUAACAGCAGUCGAUCUGCAUCACCGACACGAAGUCUUGGGAGCACUUGUUCAAAUCGAAGUCGACUACAACAGUCAUAUUCAUCCGUUGCAGCUGCUAAUACUGUUGAACAUUCUCAAAUGAGUAAGCAGCCGUAUAUAUCAUCGUCGAUUUCAACAAAUAGAUCAACUGUUCAAAAAGACAAACUCGCCAGCUCCUCGCAGAGAUCACAAACACAGACUACAGUUCGCUCAUCGCCUUCGGAUAUGUCGCAACUGGCCGCUCAUUGGAAGUGGACCGGUGAAAUGAUGAAUGCCGAUUCAUCUGAUACAGAUCAACAAUAUCGAUUGAAAAGUUCAUCGAAGAAAGGCACGGGCGCCAUAAUAAAAAUCUACUCGCCAGGAAGUCAUGGGAAAACCUUAUUACGUGCUCGUCGUGAGCGAGUUGCUCUACAACUGCUAAGUAAAUUGCAUAAUUGUGUGCCGAAGAUAUGCGAAAGUAAUGUAGUCGAUGAAGCUUCAUCAAAAACAGAAUUCUGGACAAUUAUGAAGUUAAUGGAUGGCGAAAGACUUUCAGAUUAUCUAAAAGUCCAUGGUAAAGUUCCAUUGCUUGGAGCUUUACAAAUCUGUCGAUCCUUGUUAAUGAUCAUCAAACAAGUUCACAAUCACAAGAUUGUUCAUCGUGACAUUCAACCAAAAAACAUUCUUAUUCAACGAGAUCCAACAACGGAUGAUUUCAGAUUGAUGCUAGUUAACUUCACUUCGGCAUGGAUCGAUGGUAAUCAACAGCUUGAAGAGAUCAAUUUUCAAACUAAUCAACAAGUUCAACCUUGUCAACACAGUCCUACAAUUGACGCAUCGGGUACCUGCGCUCUUCUCUUCAGGCUGCUCACUGGUCACAAACCAAGAGCAUCUCGUGAUAUAUAUGGCAAUGCACCGCAUCAAUUGCGUGAUAACGUCAAAAUUAUCGAAAGUAAAAUUGACGCUGUCACAAGUUUUAACCACGAUAGAAUUAUGUAUCAACAUAUAGAAAAACAUUUAAUGCUAAUCUUCGAUCGUGGUUUUGCUGGUCCAGAUCAGCAAUGGUCAAUAGAUGAACUUGAUUACCAGCUUCAAUGCAUCAUCGUGCCACUCCAGGGCAAACACGAACGAACCGACUAUUUCCCUGUUUCAUCGACAGUUAAUGCUGAACCGACAUUGCCGGUGAUUUCUUUCGAAGAUCCGUUUGUCUGCAUGGUGUCAAUGAUAUAUAAUUUAAAAACUAGACUCGUCGAUCGUUAUCGUAAAUGCAUGCGUUGGUCAAGUCAAGGAAAAAACCAGUGGAUUACUGAACAUAAACUGAUCGAAAAUCGUGAUAUGUUAAUCUUUUGGUAUCAGGGAACUGAUUUAACAAUUGAUAUUCAUUGGAAUGUCACAAUUUUGGAAAAUGAUCAAUUUAAGUUAGUUAUUAACGCAAAGGGCCCGGAUAAAGUUAAUUUAGAAUUACCUCUUGGUAGUUGGAGCAUCAAGCAGCCAUCUGCGGAUUUCGAAAUUUUAUUAAAAAGUGUGGAAUUAAAAAUGAAGAUUUUGAUUUGUAUUUUUUAUCACAAUCAUAAUCAAGAAAAUUAA